AUGUUCGUGCAAGCUCCUCCUUUGUUGGUACAACAAAAAUCGGAGAAUUCGGAAGAGGGGAGCGACGAAGAAAGCACUGACGAUGUUCUCCAGAAACGUCGAGAAGAAUGCGAAAGAAAGGCGAGAAGAGGGGAAAUGGAUCCCCGGUUGGAAUUCGCUUUCCAACUUUUGAUGGAUGCAACCCAAUUGUCUCGCCACGAGGUCAUGGAUCACGUUUUCGAGGGGGACAUGCUCGACGAAAUCAAUCAACUUUUUCUACCACACAUGAGAUCCACGUUGGUUUGGUAUUAUCAAGAAGUGGACGAGCCGGAAACUCUGCGACCCACGGAAAUGAUACAGACGAAAAGCACGAGCACCAGAGGGGUUGCAAACGUGUUGAUGCCUAAAAUUAAAGAGCAAAAGGAGACGAAGGAACCUGGGAAGAAGAAGCUCUUUCUGACUGAUGGGUGGCAAGUUCCUUGCACUGGAAUAUGCAUCUACAUGUUCAGAUUGAAUGUUUCGAAACAAUUACCUGAGGAAGGGUUUCAAAAGGAUCUCUAUACGGGGGUAAUAGACACGAAGAAAGUUGGAAUAAUCACUGCAAUACAACGAGUUGUUGAAUACUUCUUCAUGGAUGCACUGGCACACCCUGGAUCUGAGGGUGAAGAUGACUGUCCUAUGAUUAAGACUCUUUUAUUGCCUGGUUUGAGAUCUUUCUGUAGUGCUCUGAAAGUGUGUGAACAGGUAGCCCAAGAGGGGCGCAUAUUCAGCGACGGAGAGACAUUGAUGAACGACGUCCACAAUUUCGAGGAAGCAAAAGCCUUCAUCUCAAAAGAAAACAGUGUGAACAUCGUAGAAAAAAGGGUGAAAGGUUGGAUCAAGAAAUUAAAAGACUUCAUGGUAGAAAGUAAACAAGUCAAAAGAGAGAACGACAAUUCAGGGCCGCAACAGGAAUUGGAAUAUUGGAAACGAAGAGGAGCACAGUUCAGUCAAUUAGUUAACAAGCUCCAGGAUCAUGAAAUACGAAUGUCACUGUUGUGUCUCCAAGUUGCACGCUCGAAGUUGAUCAAAGACUGGGUGGACGCUGAAAAUGAAAUUACGUAUUGUUACAACGAGGCUAAGGACAACGCGAAAUUUAUACAGGCAUUGGAGAAAUGCUGCCAUUGCUUGUACUUAGAUGACCCAGUGAAAAUGAGGGAUUCCUUAGUAUCCUUGUUACAAACAGUCCGUCUAAUAUACAGCGUGUCAAGGUACUACAACACUUCAGAACGAACCAGUUCAUUAAUGAUAAAAAUCACGAAUCAGAUGAUCGUGGCCUGUCGAGACUACGUCACAAACAGAGGUCGAGAAACUGUCUGGGGUCAAGAUCGAGCAGCUGCGCGAUCAAAAUUGAAACACUGUCUAAGACUGAACAAAGCUUACAGAGAAACUUAUAGAUUAGUUCGAUGUUCGCCAGCUGUGACUGAACAAGAGUUUUCCUUUUCGGAGACACACGUGUUUGGGAGGUUCGAUUCAUUCUGUGAUAGAAUAAGAAAGAUUUUGACCAUGUUCGAACUGAUACAGGAUUAUAAGAACCUUUUUGAGAGGCGAAUGGAAGGUCUUCUGUUGGGAGAAGCGUUGGAUGAUGCGAUAAAAACCUUCGAGGAAGCCGAAAACAUAGCAACCACUAAAUCAUACGAUUACUUAGACCCAAGAAACGUCGAAUUCGACACCGAUUAUAGUAACUUCAUGGCUAAAACAGAUUCCCUAAAACAAAAUAUCGGAAGUAUAAUAGAAAAAAAUUACGAAGACGUCUGGGAAACGCCUCAGGGUAUACGAUUUUUAACACGAUUUGAAAAAGUGAGCGAGAAGAUACCAUUGACGAAACUGGACGAAAAAUAUAAUAUAGUGGUUAAAUAUUGUGAUCGAGAAGUGGAUAGAAUAUUAAAAUUGUUUAAGAGACUGAGAGAUGAUCCGCCAUUGCCGAGACACAUGCCGGCCAUUGCUGGAAGGCUGACUUGGGCUAAUUCUUUGAAAGUACAUCUUGAUGAACUAGCCACGUCCGUUUCCAACCACCCAGUGCUGAAGACACUUCCACUCACCAUGGAGUUAGAAAAAAGAUACAACUACGCCCUCGGUAUAUUAAAUCAGUAUAAAUCGGACAUCGCCGAGGUGUGGACUCACCAAAAUUCCUGGGUCAUCGAAGACUGCUUAAAACGACCUCUGCUGAUGGUAGACGAAAAGACAGGAAAAAUUAGAGUAAACUUAGAAGGACGUAUAAUGCUGUUACUACGAGAAGCCGAUUGCCUGACAAAGCUAAACCUAGAAAUACCAAUAGUGGCAUUAACAAUUUUGGCGAAAAAAGAUCAUUUUACGUUGAUCACAGACUCUCUCCAGUUGAUGAUCGAAAAUUUUGUGUUCACAACGAAACGCGUGAAAAAUGAAGUGAGACCACUUUUGUUGCCUCAUUUGGUUCGUGUUGCAUCCCUGCUGGAACCUGGAUUGACUACGUUGACGUGGACUGAUCCCGAAUGGAAGAAUUUUUAUCAGAAUGCGAAGGAGCAGAUUAAGGAGUUUGAUAUCUUGGUGACGAGAGUCCAUGAUGUGUAUGAUAACAGGAUUCUUCAGGUACUCACAACUAUGCAAAAGAUCACGUUGCAUUCUCUGCCAGAGUCGGAUCAGCCUUGGACGAUAGAGGAAUUCGUGGAGAAGACCGAGGAAAUAUGCAGACUGGCAGCGGUAGAUUUGUAUCGUAAAAGUAUGAUGGUAGAAGAAGCGGUAGAGGAAGUGCUAGACCUUGUUAAGAACGCUGCUGAGAACUUCAAAAGUGCCGCUAAUUACAGUCAAUUCGAUUUUUUUAAUAUUGAAGAAGACGAAGAAACGAUAGAUCAAGCAGCUCAACAAGAUUGGUCCCUAGUGUGGAACCUGUUCGACGAUCCUCAUCAAUUAUUAACCACUCCCGGCAGUCUGCCGAAAGGUAUGCAAGACAUGGUACGAAACGCCGUGUCUGAAAUGAGAAGAUAUUACUCUAGAAAGGUUGUGGACGUUCUGAUAAAAGUAACCAGAAGCUCGCUAGACGCCAUUAGAAAGCGAUUCAUUCGGGAAAUUGAUUCUGAGGAAACACCGAGUCCGCUAUUUUUACUGCAUGCUACUUUAAUGAUACCUGUGGUGACUGUGAAACCUAGUCUGGACGAUGUUCAAGAAGCUCUGAGUUUGGUUGGUAAAACCAUCUCUGGUGUUGCUAGAGGCGUUUCGCAAUGGAAUUCUAGGGUUAAUAAGAAUUCCUGGAAACAAGCAUAUCCAAAAAGAACCUUCGCAGACAUAGUAAUGCGAGCUCAAAUGCAAGCAGCGAAGAAGAAGCAUGAAGAACCCGAGGAUCCAAGAAUUCGAAGACGAAAAUUGUUCAAAGUAAUUUCCGAAGAGAGACCAAGUUUCCCGGUGCAAGAAAGCAAUUUCCACGCGAUGGUGAUGGACAAUAAAGAAGUGAUGAAACUGUUGUCCAUACUGAACACCUGUAUGCAGGAAUUCAAACCAGAUCUUAGUGAAUUCAUCGACAGAUGGAAACCGUACAAAUUUCUGUGGAAGAAUGAAAAGAGCAUGAGGGAGUUGCUACAAAUUUCUUUGCCAGAGUUCGAAACCACACUUAGGAAACAUAGCGAGCUUGAAGACCUUUUGGCUACGGAACCUGACAUGAUUAUUUUUGGAACCUCUAUUGCUGUGUCUACGGAGAAGUUGAAAUAUGGAUUAUACACAGAAAUCAAAGCCUGCACCCACAAGAUUGGUCAAGCCAUGAAGAAGAAGUACCGUCGCGAGAUGGAGUACGUAUACGCAUUGAUGAACGAAAUGGAGCGAAAACUAGACCGUCAAAUCCGCGACCUCGACGACGUACGAUUGAUCAUGGACACCCUAAAAAAGAUUCGGGAACAAGAAGUCGAUAUGGAACUAAAAAUCGACCCGAUCGAGGAAGCCUUCAACAUCGUCACAAGAUACGAGGUGCCAGUGGACCAAGAAUGCCUCGAACAGGUAGACAAUCUAAGAUACACAUGGCAGAAAUUACUAGCCCGAGCUCAACAGAGUCACGUCUUACUGCUAUCUCUACAACCUCAAUUCGAAGAAGACUUGAGAAACAAUUUAGAAAAGUUCAGAAUCGACAACGAGAUGUACUGCGAGGAGUACAGGUCCUCUGGACCUAUGCAACCAGGUCUGAGUCCUCGAGAAGCCUCGGACAGGCAGAUCCUCUUUCAAAAUAGGUUUGAUGGCAUGUGGAGGAAGCUUCAGACUUACCAAAGUGGCGAGGAGCUUUUUGGCUUACCUACUACGGAUUAUCCUGAACUGUCGCAGAUUAGGAAGGAGCUGAAUCUGCUUCAGAAGCUGUAUAAGCUUUACAACGAUGUUAUCGACAGAGUCAACAGCUAUUAUGACAUACCCUGGGGCGAGGUAAACAUAGAGGACAUAAACAACGAGCUAAUGGAAUUCCAAAACCGCUGUCGCAAGUUGCCAAAGGGCCUAAAGGAAUGGCCGGCGUUCUUCGCGCUGAAGAAGACGAUCGACGACUUCAACGACAUGUGUCCCCUCCUGGAAUUAAUGGCAAACAAAGCGAUGAAGCCACGUCACUGGCACAGGAUCGUGGAAGUGACAGGCUACUCGUUCGAUCUGGACAGCGAGGGCUUCUGCCUGAAGAACAUCCUCGAGGCGCCUCUGCUGAAGUACAAAGAGGACAUCGAGGACAUCUGCAUCUCUGCCAUGAAGGAGAAGGACAUCGAAGCUAAAUUGAGGACCGUGGUGAACGAGUGGUCGUCCCACGAGCUGACGUUCAUGACGUUCAACAAUCGUGGAGAAUUGUUGCUCAGAGGGGACACCACCGCAGAGACGAUCGGUCAACUCGAGGACAGUUUGAUGGUGCUCGGUUCUCUCAUGUCCAACCGAUACAAUGCGCCAUUUCGCAAACAGAUACAACAAUGGCUCACGGAUCUGUCAAACACCAACGAGAUACUGGAGAGGUGGUUGCUCGUGCAGAAUAUGUGGGUCUAUCUUGAAGCUGUGUUCGUCGGGGGAGACAUCGCUAAGCAACUGCCGAAAGAGGCGAAGAGAUUCAGCAAGAUUGAUAAGAGCUGGCAGAAGAUCAUGCAGAGGGCUCAUGAAACUCCGGGGGUUACGCCCUGCUGUGUGGGGGACGAUUUGUUGAAGCAACUUCUGCCGCAUCUGCAGGAACAGCUGGAACUGUGUCAAAAAUCAUUGAGUGGAUAUUUGGAAAAGAAGCGUAUGAUGUUCCCAAGAUUCUUCUUCGUAUCAGAUCCAGCUUUAUUGGAAAUACUCGGUCAAGCGUCCGAUUCUCAUACAAUACAGAAUCAUUUGCUUUCUAUCUUUGACAACACACGUUAUGUGAAAUUUCACGAUAUCGAGUACAAUAAAAUGAUGGCCAUUAUAUCUUCCGAAGGAGAAACCAUCUUGUUGGAGAAAGCAGUCAGAGCAGAAGGAUCAGUAGAAACAUGGUUAACACAGCUAUUGCAAACAUCCCAACAAUCUUUGCACUCCAUAAUACGACAGUGCUAUUCUAUGAUCAACGACGCGAACUUUAAUCUCCUUGGUUUUUUGAACAAAAUGCCGGCGCAGAUCGGUCUGCUCGGAAUACAAAUGAUCUGGACCAGAGACAGCGAGCUGGCUUUGGCUCAGGCUCGCGCGGACAAAAAGAUUAUGGCAGAAACGAAUAACAGAUUCCUCGACUUGCUGAAUACUUUAAUUGAUCAGACGACUAGGGAUCUUGCGAAAAUCGAGAGGACGAAGUUCGAGACUUUGAUUACCAUUCAUGUGCAUCAACGUGAUAUAUUUGAUAUACUUUGCCGCAUGAACGUACGGUCAGUGAACGAUUUCGAGUGGCUGAAGCAGUGCAGAUUCUACUUCAAGGAAGAUCUUGAUAAAACAUCCAUAUGCAUAACCGACGUCAACUUCACGUAUCAAAAUGAGUAUCUAGGCUGCACUGAACGACUCGUGAUCACUCCAUUAACAGACAGGUGACCAUAUUUUUAUAGUGGUUUUUGAUGAUUUAGCACUGCAACUCUGUCACUGAAGUCAAUCAAAAUGAUUGGUUUUAGAUUUCUUAUUUUAUUCUACAAAAUAUUGUUG